AUGCCCCGCGCCAGAACCCCCCUCGGUGCCCAGCAGCAGCAACAGCAGCAGCACCAACAUCAGACGAACUUCCCGCCGCCGCCAAACUACCUCGAGCAUGGCCGGCUGUACAGCGGCUUCCGCAAGGGCAAAUACAUGUUUCCUGUCGACGAGGCGGAAAUGGAUCGCAUGGACAUCUACCACAAGUUCUUCUCCGUCGCCCGCCGCGAGCAGCUGCAUGCGAGAGCCUUCAUACCGAAUUACGACAAGGGACCGCGGAUACUAGAUCUGGGCUGCGGGACGGGCAUCUGGGCCAUUGACAUGGCGGAGUAG